AUACUCGAGCACACGGUUAAGGUUUGCCCAACUUAACACUGCCCUCCGUACGUACAGUACCAUACCGGAAUCUCGAUCGAGAGCACUAUUCCCCCAAAACGCCCCACCGACGCCCCCUUUAACACUGUAAGAGUCACGAUACUCUGGUACUCGGUACUCCAUUAAGGAAUAUCUCCCGUUUCCCAGGAACCGCGGCUCCCGAGACUUUGAAAUCGGGAUUGCUCCGCCAACACCGCAUCGGCUCCCAUAAACAAAUCUGGCAAGUAAAGAAUCCCUGCAGAGAAACAAGGAAUUCCUGUUUUCUCAGCCGCAGGCCCAGUCCUUUCGGGCUGCGGCCGCCCCCCACCGUAUUCCAUCUGAUCGGGAUGCUGGAUAGCAAUACCGGCGCGCUACCGAUUCCUAUCCAUCCGGCUGCUUGUACGAGUACGUACGAUACUGUACUGUAUUCGCGUACGGUACCAUGGGUGAGUCGAUCCCUCAAUUGGCGCCGCCGCUCUUUCCCCCAGAUAAUUGAACGGGUGCAGAACGGCAUUUCCCCACUCUCGCGCUCCCCCCCUCGUCCUCCUGUGCAGUGCGCCUACGGUGACUACUCGAGCACCGUAAGAAAAACUCCCCCAAAUUUUAAUACCGGCCAGCGGUUAUAUAUCUUUUUGGCACACCACACCACCAAAAUUUCUCGCCUCCAACCGGAGAAUCCACGGUAUUGUAGAACGGUCCGUGUCUGGUCGUGGGGUUCGGAAAUCGAGCCUGUUGGUGGGUUAUCGGGAUUUUGUUUUUAAACUGAACGACGGCCCCCUCACCAUACUGAUAACAAAAUCUCCGCCUUAUUCUUUUCUUCCUCUUCUUAACCUUCGCCUCCUGCUCCCCUCUCUUCGGUCAAAGGGUUUUUCUCUGAGAGUGAGAGAGAGCAGACUGCAAUAUUCGGAGAAGGAGAGAAAACAAACCAAGAAGUCAUGACUAGGAAGAUUAUUUACGGCGCCUCACUCGCAGCAUUUGUGGCAGGUAUGUUACGUCAUUUGUUGCGGCCUUUUCAACUUCAGCCAAACACAUCAACUCCUAACUGUAAGAAGGGAGGGAGUGGAGAUAUUUCUACCUAUUCUCUGCAAACAAACCUACCCUCCUGCACAACUCCGCAUCUCGAAAAAAAGGGCACCCCGAACACCUCUCUAACUCAAUAUCUCCUCAGUUUCCAUCCUAACCCUAAUAUCGGUGGUCAUCCCUCGCUGGGCCUCCUAUGUCGAAGUAACAGUACAUCCUCCCUCCCUCCCCCUCUCCGCCUUACUAACUAACCAUUUCACAGAAAACCGGCCCAAUAACCUACAAUUAUGGCCUCCAUAAACGCUGCUCUAGCGUGACUGGUAGCUGCGAGCGCUUCCCGACAUACGCGGACUGCCACGGGCAUGACCGCUAUUUCUGUUCCAUGUGGCGUUCAAUAGCUUUUCUGAUGAGCCUCGCACUUGUCCUCGAGGGCGCUAUAAUAACCGCAUUCGUAGCGAUCCUCAUGGGCGGACGAGUGAAGAGGGAGAAUGGUUGGAAGGUCCUGGUUGGGCUUGUGCUUAUUUGCGGUUUGUAUUCCCCUUUUCCUCCCUGAUAGGGAUGAUGGUUGUGGGAAGAAGUGAAGGGGGGAAGGAAUUUGGGCUAAUUUUUGAGCGACUGGGCAGCUAUGACACAAUGUGGAGCCAUGACACUUGUGGCCUAUCUUUAUGAUUAUGAUGAUAGGUUCUUCGUGGGGUGGAAGUUGGAUUUGAGUUGGGUUAUGACAACGGUUUCUUGGAGUGUUAUGCUUGUUAUUGCCGGGUUUGUGAGCAUUGCGGGGUGGGUCAUGCCGCCCGAAGGGGGGUAUGAGCUCUUGAAGUAGAGGUGGAUAUAAAGUACACCUGAGGGGGUUUUUCUUCCCUUUUUCUUUCCUUUUUUUUUUCGGGCCUCGCAAUUGGUUGGUGUUGGUUUUGGCUUUCUCAUUGGAUCUACUGAUUUGAUGUGACCUACGACUGCUGGAAUAAUGUAGCUGGAAGAGCUGCUCCGCGAGGGUUUAAAUAAUAAAGCAUCAAUACAUAGUGCUAGUGCUGUGCGGAUAAAAGGAGUGGGGAAAGAAGUAGAAAUGGAAAGGGGAAAGGAAA